AUGGUUUAUACAUCUAUGCUCAGUGCAGACGGACAACGUUUCAAGACGAGUAUGCCCCUCUCGUCCUUAGAACGCCUUCGAUCCUGGUUCCGGGGGGGACUGCAGGACCCCGCGGGACACUCCUAUGAGCCCCUCGACGAUUCUCUUAUGCCAGUCGUGGAGAUGAUGAGAACACUUUACCACGAAGCGAAUGAGUCGGUACCACUGACAAACAACAACGUAUUCCUGGCAGUCCCAGACUUACAGUAUGCCAUAUACUAUGAGACCUCACGGCACAUCGAACCGCUUCUCCAAGCAGUGGGACUCCAUGGCCUCUUCCACUUAACACAGAGCCAGCUCUCAUUGCUGCAUCUCUAUAACCUAGAAAACUGCUUUGGCAUUUGGCUGGAUGAAGUCACUUGGGUCCCAGAUGAAGAGUGUGAAAAAUACCGCGGCCGAACCAUACAGUCGGUAAUUUCCAUCCACCUCGAUGAAUCCUCCCUGACCUUGCGAUCAAUGAUUCGCGAUGACGGCCUCUUCCCUUACGAGCUCGGUUCAGUCCAGUAUUUUUGGGCAAAUGAGGACGUCGGACAAGACAACAUUGCUUACUGGGACUGGCUGGAGCUUUCUUUGCGCGAGUUUUUGCACGACCGCGACGUCGUCUAUGACCUGUUGUUGCUCUCUGGGACUCAGGCCACGACCUCGGACUUCCAACAAGUUAUCCGAAAUGUGUUGAAGGACCACGAGAAAAUUGUGCCUCGGGACUACCUGCGGAGGCCGAUCGAUCACACAUUCGCUGCUGCGAGAGGGGCCGCUCAGCUCGCGAGGGUGUACUUGUGUGGUUCAGCAUGUAUGCCUGCGCCGUGGUGUCCAACUAGUGAGCACUGUAAGAAGUGGGCGUGGCACUGGGACGAUGAGGAGGCGAAAAAGACAGAGUUGUAG